UGACUAAAGAGCUGUGAUUGCAGUUACACUUUGCAACCUUAGAUCAAUAGUGUUCUGAAGAGCUUGCUUCUGAGUUGAAGUACCAAACCAUUCUCCGUUAUUUCAGAGAAGAAGUUCUCAUCCACUUGACUAAUUAGAAGAUCAGUCCCAGUUCAUCAAGAGCUGCUUUGUUUUGGUGAUAAGCAUGGCCAAACCAUAUGAAUUUAACUGGCAAAAGCCAGUUUCCCCAUUUAUACAGGAGGGAGCCAUUUUUGACAGAUAUGAAGAGGAGUCCUUUGUAUUUGAACCUAAUUGCCUCUUCAAAGUGGAUGAAUUUGGCUUCUUUUUGACCUGGAAAAGCGAAGGCAAGGAAGGACAGGUGUUAGAAUGUUCCCUGAUCAACAGCAUUCGUUUUGGAUCUGUACCAAAGGAUCCCAAAAUCCUAGCAGCUCUUGAGGCUUUUGGAAAAUCAGAGAGUGACCUGGAGGGGAGGAUAGUUUGUGUCUGCAGUGGCACUGACCUGGUUAAUAUCAGCUUCACUUAUAUGGUGGCAGAAAAUCCAGAAGUUGCUAAGCAAUGGGUAGAAGGGUUAAGAGCCAUCAUACAUAAUUUUAGAGCUAACAAUGUUAGUCCAAUGACAUGCCUCAAGAAACAUUGGAUGAAAUUGGCAUUUAUGACAAACACAAAUGGUAAAAUUCCAGUUAGGAGUAUUACAAGAACCUUUGCAUCAGGUAAAACAGAAAAGGUGAUUUUUCAAGCACUUAAGGAGUUAGGUCUUCCCAGUGGAAAGAAUGAUGAAAUCGAGCCUGCAGCAUUUACUUAUGAAAAGUUUUAUGAGCUAACACAAAAAAUUUGUCCUCGGACUGACAUCGAGGACCUCUUUAGGAAAAUCAAUGGAGACAAAACUGAUUAUUUAACGGUAGACCAAUUAGUGAGCUUUCUAAAUGAACAUCAACGAGACCCUCGACUGAAUGAAAUUUUAUUCCCAUUCUAUGAUACAAAAAGGGCAAUGCAGAUAAUUGAGACUUAUGAGCCUGAUGAUGAGUUGAAGACAAAAGGGCUCAUAUCCAGUGAUGGGUUUUGCAGAUAUUUAAUGUCAGAUGAAAAUGCACCAGUCUUCCUUGACCGCCUGGAACUGUACCAAGAAAUGGAUCAUCCUUUGGCCCACUAUUUUAUCAGUUCUUCCCAUAACACAUAUCUCACAGGACGUCAGUUUGGUGGGAAAUCUUCCGUGGAAAUGUACAGACAAAUCCUCUUAGCUGGAUGCAGAUGUGUUGAACUAGAUUGCUGGGAUGGGAAAGGAGAAGAUCAAGAGCCAAUAAUAACUCAUGGAAAAGCAAUGUGUACAGAUAUUCUCUUUAAGGAUGUGAUUCAAGCCAUUAAGGAAACAGCCUUUGUUACAUCAGAGUAUCCUGUCAUUCUGUCCUUUGAAAAUCACUGCAGCAAAUAUCAACAGUACAAGAUGUCCAAGUAUUGUGAAGAUCUAUUUGGGGAUCUCCUGUUGAAACAAGCACUUGAAUCACAUCCACUCGAACCAGGAAGACCAUUACCAUCCCCUAAUGACCUCAAAAGAAAAAUAUUGAUAAAAAACAAACGACUGAAACCUGAGGUGGAGAAAAAACAGCUUGAAGCUUUAAAAAGUAUGAUGGAAGCUGGAGAAUCAGCAGCCCCAGUAAAUAUCUUAGAAGAUGAUAACGAAGAAGAAAUAGAAAGUGUUGAUCAAGAAGAGGAAGCUCACCCAGAAUACAAAUUUGGAAGUGAACUCUCUGCUGAUGAUUUCAGUCAAAAGGAAGCUGUUGCAAAUAGUGUAAAGAAGGCUGCAGAAGACCUUGAACAUGAAAACAAUAAAAAGGGAUUAGUUACCGUGGAAGAUGAGCAGGCGUGGAUGGCAUCCUACAAAUACGUGGGCGCUACAACCAAUAUUCACCCGUAUUUAUCCACUAUGAUCAACUAUGCCCAACCUGUAAAGUUUCAGGGCUUCAAUGUAGCAGAAGAACGUAAUAUUCAUUACAACAUGUCUUCUUUUAAUGAAUCCGUUGGACUAGGUUACUUGAAGACGCAUGCAAUUGAAUUUGUGAAUUAUAAUAAACGGCAAAUGAGUCGGAUUUACCCCAAGGGAGGCCGAGUGGAUUCCAGUAAUUACAUGCCUCAGAUUUUCUGGAACGCUGGCUGCCAGAUGGUGUCAUUGAACUAUCAAACCCCAGAUUUAGCGAUGCAAUUGAAUCAGGGAAAAUUUGAAUAUAACGGAUCAUGCGGGUACCUUCUCAAACCAGAUUUCAUGCGACGGCCAGAUCGAACAUUUGAUCCUUUCUCUGAAACACCUGUAGAUGGUGUUAUUGCAGCAACUUGUUCAGUGCAGGUCAUAUCAGGGCAAUUCUUAUCUGAUAAGAAAAUCGGUACGUAUGUAGAAGUGGAUAUGUACGGUUUGCCCACAGACACUAUACGUAAGGAAUUCCGGACGCGUAUGGUUAUGAACAACGGUCUCAAUCCUGUUUACAAUGAGGAAUCAUUUGUAUUCCGAAAGGUAAUCCUCCCAGAUCUGGCUGUCUUGAGAAUAGCAGUGUAUGAUGACAACAACAGGCUGAUUGGUCAAAGAAUCCUUCCCCUCGAUGGCCUACAGGCAGGCUACAGGCACAUUUCUCUUCGAAAUGAAGGGAACAAACCAUUAUCACUGCCAACUGUUUUCUGCAACAUUGUGCUUAAAACAUAUGUGCCCGAUGGUUUUGGAGAUAUUGUGGAUGCUUUGUCAGACCCAAAGAAAUUUCUUUCUGUAAUGGAAAAGAGAGCAGAUCAAAUGAGAGCAAUGGGUAUUGAAACUAGUGAUAUAGCUGAUGUGCCAAAUGACACUUCCAAGAAUGACAAGAAAGGAAAAGCCAAUAAUGCUAAAGCCAACGUAACUCCUCAGAGCAGCUCUGAACUCAGACCAACCACCACCUCAGGCCUUGGGGCGGGAGUAGAAGGGAAGAAAGGUAUUGAACUUAUUCCUCAAGUGAGGAUAGAAGACUUAAAACAAAUGAAGGCUUACUUGAAACACUUAAAGAAACAACAGAAAGAGCUAAAUUCUUUAAAGAAGAAACAUGCAAAGGAACACAGCACCAUGCAGAAGUUACACUGUACACAAGUUGACAAAAUUGUGGCUCAAUAUGACAAGGAAAAGUUGUCUCAUGAGAAAAUCUUAGAGAAAGCAAUGAAGAAGAAGGGAGGAAGUAAUUGUCUUGAAAUGAAGAAAGAAACUGAAAUUAAAAUUCAGACAUUAACAUCAGACCAUAAAUCUAAGGUAAAAGAGAUUGUAGCCCAGCAUACGAAAGAGUGGUCAGAAAUGAUCAAUACCCACAGUGCUGAGGAGCAAGAAAUCCGGGAUCUCCACCUCAGCCAGCAGUGUGAUCUCCUGAAAAAAUUGCUGAUCAACGCUCAUGAGCAGCAGACUCAGCAGCUGAAGCUUUCCCAUGACAGAGAAUGCAAGGAAAUGCGUGCCAAUCAGGCCAAGAUUUCCAUGGAAAACAGCAAAGCCAUCAGCCAAGACAAAUCAAUCAAAAAUAAGGCAGAAAGAGAGAGGAGAGUCAGGGAACUAAACAGCAGUAACACUAAAAAGUUUUUGGAAGAAAGAAAGAGACUCGCAAUGAAACAGUCUAAAGAAAUGGAUCAGUUGAAAAAAGUUCAACUUGAACAUCUAGAAGUCCUGGAAAAACAGAAUGAGCAGCUUUUGAAAUCCUGUCAUGCAGUGUCUCAAACACAAGGCCAAGGAGAUGCAGCAGAUGGUGAAAUUGGAAGCCGAGAUGGACCGAAGACCAGCAACAGUGGUGUGAAACUCCACAACCCCAACUGAAAACCUCAUAGUGUCAAAAUGUCACCCCCAAACUGCAGACCCCUAUACAAUGAGGACUAAAACCAUUUUCUUUGAUUUGUUAUUUCCCCCUUCUGUUAAGGCAAGAUAUUGCCUAAGACCAUGGCGAAUAUGUAAGAGUCACAUAUUUCAGUUUUAACUUUUUGAGUACUGAAGAACCCUUGUCAAAUAGGAGCCGUUACUGUUGUAACAACCUGUCUUUCCAAUGAGGCACACAGUUUAACCAUUUGUAAUCCUAUUUGUUUGUUCAGCAUCAUCACAAGAAAACGAGCUUGGUAUUAAACACCCUGCUUUGUGAUGUACUAGGACAGGUUUGAACUACAAUAAAAAUCAUGCAGAAACAGCUGAAAAAUGCAUGCAUCGGAAAACUUCUUUCUGCAAAUUCAUCAGCAGAAAUUAUAUGAUGACAUAUCAAUAACUUUACAGGAUAUUCCUUACAUCCAAGUUACCUCAUUAGUAAGUGCCAUAUCUUCAUCUUGCCGAAAGAAGCCAAUUUCCUGUAAAAGUUGUUGACAUGGUUAAACGAUGGAAAAUCCAAGACAGCCAUGUGUGCCAAAAUUCAUCAGUGCUCAAAGGUUAAAGGAAUUGUGUGUUAGGCCCUUUAAGAAAAGUUUACAUCAAACAUUGCUUUAUAGGAUUUGCAUUUUGAUCUUACGGCUGCAGAUUCCCACUAUUACAAUUCAUUAUUGUAUCUUAAAGAUUGUGAAAUGGGUAUUAGCAAAAGUUUGUAACUGUGAAAAUGUAUAAAGUAUUUAUACACUUAAAUUCACAAUAUUUUAGAAAAAUCACCUAAAUGUUGCCACAUGACAAGAGUAGUGAGCAAGAUUACUAGACCUGUAUUUGCAUGACACAAGCACCAAUGAUGACUACAAAUGUGUGCGACCACAUUCAUUCUCUUACCAAGUAAAUGCUGAUUAAAUGUAUGGCACAGAAUAGCGUUUGAUUAAUUAUCAAGACUUUUAGCAAAAUGAAAAAAGCAUAUAUAUAUAUAUAUAUAUGUAUAUAUAUAUGCACAUAUAUGUGUGUAUAUGAAUUAUGUGGGCAUUCUUGAUACUUCAAGUUCUAGUUUAAAAAGAAGUACAUAACUAAUUUAAUUUUACACAAAAAUAUUUAUGCAGAUUUUCAGAAUUUCAUAUCAGGAAAUAACCUUUUUAUGUCUGUUAAAUAUUAAAAAAAGAAACCAAUUUGCUACAGUGUUAAUCUGCAUGGGCUUAACGCCUGCUGUAGUUAUAUUGCAGAACAGUGCAUGAAAAGCAUUCCAUUUGGAAUUUUACCAUGCUACCAGCCAAUACAAAUGGGACUGCAUGGAAACCUGAUAGUUUAGAACCAAUCAGAUUCCUGAUUUUAGUACACGAAGCACUUAUUGAAUUGUUGCAUAUGCUUGUACAAACUGAUUCUGUGUAUUCCUAUGAACAAAACAGAUGGCAAAAUAAAAUGAUGCUACCAUCAAUCUUGAAAUUAAACUUUCAACUUCUCUAAUAAAAAGUUAA